GGCGGUCACACGGUUUAAUACUAUCAAAUGUGCUGCACGCGCACCACAACGAUACUAUUUCUUGGCGCGAGCGCUCGAAUGUUGCGAACAGCAAUUGCGCGGGAAACCGCGAAUUCGAUUUUCAAACCUUAGUCACUAACUUUUUUUUUUUUCAAAAUGUUAUUUUUAAUUGUUUUGUGCUUAUGUGCCAGUGCGUGGAACGCAGUGUCAGGACAAGAUUUAGAGGCUAUGAAAAAUAUGCCCAAAUAUGACGAGCGUUAUGAUUAUUUAGAUGUAGAUGCAAUUUUUAAUAAUAAGAGACUAGUGAGAAAUUAUGUGGACUGUUUAAUUAACGGACUGAGAUGUACGCCAGAAGGAAAAGCUUUGAGAAGGCUACUCCCAGAAGCGUUAAGAACGAAAUGCGUUCGUUGCUCCGAGAGGCAAAAGAAAACAGCAGUGAAGAUUAUCAAACGGCUAAAGAGCGACUUCCCCGACGAGUGGGCCAAGCUGUCCUCCCGGUGGGAUCCCACGGGGGAUUUCACGAGAUACUUCGAAGUGUUUCUUGCGAACGAACAGUUUAACUCUAUUCCUUAUAAUGGCAAGGACACUCCCACGCCCCCACCACCGCCGCCGCCGCCAACGCAACCCCCCGUGACGUCACAAGCGCCGCUUACCAACCCGCCUUCACCAAGACCUCUCUUACUUAAUAGGUUCGGAGACGACGGUGACCUGAUGGUAGGAAGUCCUUCCUCUGGCGUCUCUCAGCGAUCUACCACCUCUACCACAAUGCCAUCCACACGUCCAGCUGUACCACCAAGGCCAACACCAUCGUCCUGGGCGAACAGGCAGGACGUCAUGACCCGCUUCCCGAUGCGAACCGAACCAACUUACACCACUGCCAUAACCUUUAUAGACCAGAUUGGUAUCAAAAUCAUCAGAACCACAGAACUCGUCACGGAUAUUUUAAAGAACACAGUUCGUGCUGUAGUAGGGUGACAUAAAAGUCAUACCUUCAGGAAAAGUACACAAAAACCUUAUUUUAAGGGUCCAAAACAAUCUUCUCUCAAUAAAGUGUACCUACCUAAAAAAAAUUAGUCUCUCAUAUUUCAACACAAAAUAAUAAUGCUUCGAAAAGCUUUAUGUUAAUUAUUGAAAUGACAAUUUUUAUUUAUUAUUGAAUUAUUGUUAUAAUUACGAAAAUAGUUCGUUAUCGUGAGAUUUUAGCUGUAAUAUUAUAGUUAUUAUAGUCAGUUAAUUUAAGUUAUUUUAAUUAAUGCUGAUAACAAUAUAUAACAGUCAAUUGUUUGAAAUAUGUUUUUAAUUAUUUCAUGUAAGAAUACACAAUCAAAAAACUUCAGUUUUAUGUCAUGUAGGUACAUACCACGUACAUACUCAUAUAAAAUUUUUCAAUUGUGUACCUAUUUAACGUGAUGACAGUAGUUCAGUAAAAUUAGAUUACCUAAGUGUUAAAUUAUUUAUAUAUUAAGUAGGCAUUAUUUUUCGUACAAAAUGAGCUCUGGUUAAACUUAAUUAGGUACCUACGUAAUGAGUAUGCAUUAAUUAUUUUUAUUGUAAGUAAGUAGUUUAUCUAAUAAAUGUAAGAAAUAAAAAAUUUGAUAAGUA